UGUGGUUCUUGUUUGCGAGAUAGAAGCGUAAGCAGCGGCUACCCUAACCUCGUCUUCCUCUCUACUAAUUUCAGCUAUGGCCGACGAAGCUGUGGUUGUUCCAGAUCCCACCCAGAUCGAUGUCAAGCUCUUUAACCGCUGGAGCUUCGAGGAUAUUGAGGUUACUGACAUUUCACUGGCUGAUUACAUUGGAGUUGCGGCAUCCAAGCACGCCACAUAUGUUCCUCACACCGCCGGAAGGUACUCCGUGAAGCGGUUCAGGAAGGCGCAGUGCCCCAUUGUUGAGAGGCUCACCAACUCUCUCAUGAUGCACGGUAGAAACAAUGGCAAGAAACUCUUGGCUGUUAGGAUCAUCAAGCAUGCUAUGGAGAUUAUUCAUUUGUUGACUGACCAGAACCCCAUUCAGGUUAUUGUUGAUGCUGUCAUCAACAGUGGUCCUCGUGAAGAUGCAACAAGAAUUGGUUCUGCUGGAGUUGUAAGGAGGCAGGCUGUGGAUAUUUCACCCCUUCGGCGUGUGAAUCAGGCUAUAUAUCUUCUAACAACUGGUGCACGCGAAGCUGCUUUCAGAAAUAUUAAGACAAUUGCUGAAUGCUUGGCUGAUGAACUUAUUAAUGCAGCAAAAGGGUCGUCCAACAGCUAUGCUAUCAAGAAAAAGGAUGAAAUUGAGAGAGUUGCCAAGGCAAACCGUUGAGCAGCUUGUGGAAGCAAUAUUUGCGAUUGUGAAGAUUUUGUUUUGGUCUAUGUUAUUCAUUUAAUGAUAUUUUAAUCUUUUGCUUGCAUUAGUUACUUUUUAGUUUUUUGCCUGCUGGCUUCUCAAGUUACGAAUGAAUGAUUUUGUUGCUUGGACGAAAAUCUAAGGUGAGUUUUAGUAGUAGUCUGUUUCAUAAAGUAAUCCAAAAUCAAACGUGUCUAUCUGGAUGUGAUUUCUGGAAAAUUAACCAAGAACUAGAGAUGACCCAGUAAUAUGUAGUUUGUCGCUUUUGACUGAUUACACGAGGUGAACGUGCGUACAUUAUUGUUGAACUA